AUGGAGAAUUGGCAAUGGAGAGAAGGUGUUAGCUGCUACGGAUCCUUGGUUACCAAGGAGGAUUUCUUUUAUGCGGAUGAUGAGACGAUUUUUAUUGACCCACAUAUGAAUGUUUGUGAUCUUUUAGAAGAUAAUGGGAGGAAAUGGAAUAUUGCUCUUCUCUUGGAUUUGUUCUCUAUUAAGGAUAUCCGAGCAAUCAUUACUAUUCCCAUUAGUCUUAACUCUAGAGAAGACACCCUGAUGUGGUAUUUUGACAAGAAGGGUUUGUAUACGGUCAAGUCGGCCUACCGUGUCUAUUUGGACAUGGGAAGGCAUCAUGCUGAUUUGGGAGGUGAUUUAUGGGGUCGGUUAUGGAAGGCUUCGGCUCCUCCUAAGGUAAAGGAGUUUUGCUGGAGGGCGUAUAGGAAUAUCUUGCCAACUGAGGAUAACCUGAGGCAUAGAGGAGUGGAUAUAGAUACUAGAUGCUUAUGGUGCCAUAGAAACGAGAAUGUGGAUCAUGUUCUUUUACAUUGCUCAUUGGCAAAAGAGGUUCUCAUGUCUCAAAAUAAAGACUUUAAGGCCCUUGCUAUGACCUAUGCAUGGAAAAUAUGGACAUCCAGGAACAAUUUAUUGUGCAACCAAAUGAUUUCUUCAGUAAGUCGAGAGAGGGGGGUCUACACGUCUCAUACAUCCUUUGAUCCUGAUUAUGCUUUCCUUCAAGUCCAUUCUGCUGCUACUAGUUUAGGCCAUUUUGCAUGGCUCUGUCAAGUGGAUGGAGCUCUGUUUCAAGCUCAAGACUUCGCUGGAUAUGGUUUUAUGGUUAAAAAUUCUGAAGGUAUCUUUCAGCAAGCUGUUUUUGGCUUCUCGGAAGGUGGUAGCUCGCCGGCUCUUGUGGCAGCUCUUGCUUUGCGUCGGUGUUUACUUUAUGCAACGGAAUACUUACCCUUUAAUGGUUGUAUUUUAUUAGACUCUCUUCAUGUGGUUUAA